GGGCCUAGCGCGGCCGGAGCCCGCCCGGCCCGGGCCUGCAGCCAUGCAGCCGUGGCGGCGCACGCUGGCGGCGGCAGGGCCCUUCCUCCGGACCGCCGCCGCCCCCCGCCCUGCGCCCGCCCGCGAGACGCGCGGCGCGGCGGGCGAGCGGGGCCGCGGCGGCGCCGCGCUGGCGGCGGGGCCCGACCUGCGGCACUUCCUCGCGGGGGCCGCGCCGCCGCCCGGCGGGCCCCAGCCGCUGCCCGAGCCGGGGCCGUGCGUGGCGGCCGGCCCUGCCCCCGCGCCCAGGAAAGUGUACCUGGAGACCUACGGCUGCCAAAUGAAUGUCAACGACACGGAGAUUGCGUGGGCCAUCCUGCAGAAGAGUGGCUACACGAGGACGAAGGCGCUCGACAAGGCAGAUGUGAUUCUCCUCGUUACCUGUUCAGUGAGGGAGAAAGCAGAACAGGCUAUCUGGAAUCGCCUGCAGCACCUCAAGGCUCUGAAAGCCAGGAGGCUUCAGACUCGCUUACCUCUCCACAUUGGGAUUCUAGGAUGCAUGGCUGAGAGGCUUAAGGAGAAGAUUCUGCACAGGGAGAAGCUAGUGGAUAUUGUGGCAGGCCCUGAUGCAUAUCGUGACCUCCCUAGGCUGCUGGCAGUGGCUGAAUCUGGCCAGCAAGCUGCUAACGUCCUGCUAUCACUAGAAGAGACUUACGCAGAUAUUUUGCCUGUCCAGACUAGUGCAGGUGGCAAAACAGCAUUUGUAUCCAUCAUGCGGGGCUGUGACAACAUGUGUAGCUACUGCAUUGUACCCUUCACCCGUGGCCGUGAAAGGAGCCGGCCCAUUGCCUCUAUUCUGCAGGAAGUGAAGAUGCUCUCCGAUCAGGGUGUAAAAGAAGUGACCCUUUUGGGUCAAAAUGUCAACAGCUUUCGAGAUAUGUCUGAGGUCCAGUUCCAAUCGGCUGAUACCCCAGUCCUCAGCCGUGGCUUUAGCACGGUCUACAAAGCUAAACCAGGCGGCUUGCGCUUUGCACAUCUCCUAGACCAGGUCUCCAGAAUUGACCCAGAAAUGAGGAUCCGUUUCACCUCUCCACACCCCAAGGAUUUUCCGGAUGAGGUUCUCCAGCUUAUCCAGGAGCGACACAACAUCUGCAAACAGCUUCACCUCCCAGCCCAGAGUGGAAGCACACGAGUCCUGGAGGCCAUGAGGCGGGGAUACACGAGAGAAGCGUAUUUAGAGCUGGUACACCAUGUGCGUGACUCCAUUCCAGGAGUGAGCUUGAGCAGCGAUUUUAUUGCUGGGUUCUGUGGGGAGACAGAAGAAGAUCAUCAGCAGACUGUGUCCUUGCUACAGGAAGUCCGCUACAAUGUAGGCUUCCUGUUUGCUUACAGCAUGAGGCAGAAAACCCGGGCAUAUCACCGGCUGCAAGAUGAUGUGCCUGCGGACGUAAAGCGGAGGCGGCUGGAGGAGCUCAUUACUGUCUUUAGAGAGGAGGCUGCAAGGACCAACAAAGCCAUGGUGGGCCACUCUCAACUAGUGCUGGUGGAGGGGCCCAGCAAGCGCUCUGCCUUGGAGCUGUGUGGGAGGAACGAUGGCAACAUCAAGGUGAUCUUCCCUGAUGCCGAGAUAGAGGAUGCUGCAGACUGCAAAGCUCUGGUCAGGGCCCAGCCGGGGGACUACGUGUGGGUGAAGGUAACCUCUGCCAGCUCUCAGACCUUGAAGGGAGUUCCGCUUUGCCGUACUACCCUCUCCCACUCUGCAGCUUGUUGUUGAAGUAUCCCUGCUGCCAGUGGUCAAAAGCAGCAGAUUUCCACAGGAAGAAACAAGGAAGUUUGGUCAGAUGGAGAUGGGGGCAGAAGCAGGGUUUUUUUUUCCCCUUUUGGCAACAACCUUCUCCCAAAGAUCUGUGCAAGUUUGUAGGCAAGAGGGAUAGAAGCUGUGCAUGGACUUGCCAAACCCAACUACUACAUGAUCCUGUAUUUUCACUGGCUCUCUGAACCCCCUCCCGCCCCUUGCAGGUCCAUCUCUGUCUUUGAUCAUGUUCUUGGUUUCAUCACAGCCUGAGAAACUGAUGUCUGCAGAGCAGGUGCUUCCUACUAAUUCAGCUGAAUUUUGGAGCUGCAAAAACCUGCAGCACCUAGAAAAUACAGCUCCAGUUACUGCUGGAGAGGGACAGCACAAGGGGACAAACUGGAAGGGAGAAGUGGUUGGUACCAGUUUAAAUAGCUAGUAACAUCUGGAAGUUCCUCUUAUAACUGUUUUUCAGAACUUAUAGUUAACCCUGGCCGUGUUGUCAUAGUCCAUAUUUGUCUCCUAAAUUCAGACAAAUAGCUAUAACUUGUACUUGCAGCUAAACUCUCUUGCGAGAUGUGAGACAGAAUCAUACCUUUUAAUAUAGAUAAUCUUGUUAUUGAAGGAAAAGAUUGUAAAGGCUCUAUCCAGUGAGAAAUAUUGAAGAAGCUGAUCAAGUCUUUGUAAAGUAGUUCUGGCAUAAAUUUUGUAGGAUUUUUAAAUUAAUAAGAAAAGGUUUUGCUAUAGUCUUUUCUCCCCCUCCACUGAAUCUAAGAUACAAUUGUAUCUCUGAAAACAGCAUGGUUCACUGAGUAUUUAUUAGACCUUAACUUAAGAAACAAACACAUUUUGCUGAUUAUCCUAAAGCUAAUUCUCUACUUGUAGAGGUGAAUCCUCUAACUGCACAGUCAGCACUAAUUAGUGUGGGGUUUGAGGUAUUAAGAAAUACAGUUCUAUUCAGCCAUCCUGCCUCCAGAGAGAAUAGUGUCCUAGGCCCAAAUUCAUGAAUCAGUUCACAGGCUCCUGCUAUCCAGUGAGUGAAAGCCUUUGACAAGAAGAUUUUAAGGAAACGAGAGGGGCUAUGUGAUUUGAAAUACCAGUGGAAGAAGCAGAAUGUAAGCAUCAUUACUCAAAAGUGACAGGUACCAAUGCCAACGUGUGCUUGCUAAUAAAAAUAACUGGGUUAAUUACCCUGCA